UUAUUUAGAAGAAAGAACACUAACAGAAGAUGCGGGUGCCAGCUGUUCAACCACUUUGCUUUCUUCUUCCUUAGUUUCGUUUGGUUAGUUAGGGUUUUCCUUUCCACAACUUCACUUUCUUCUUCACUUCUUGCAAUCACACAAUACAACAACGCAAUUCCUCCACAAACUGAAAAAAAAACACACAAUUUCGCUCACUACAGAACUCGCACGUGCCCUUACUUUCCUGUCACGUGUGCGGUGGAGUUUAGUCUCCAUUAGAGAUGUGGGUUGAAGGUGGAAAUUAUUGAAUGUCGAAUUAUUCAGCUUGAGGAGUUGGAACUUAUUUUUGGAAGUAUUCAUCUUGUGCGUGUCAUUACUGAGUUGACUAGUGUCCAAAAUAGGUUGGAUUGGAGGCAUUCAGAAUUAGGUUUAUUGUGUAUUCUGAGAAAAUAGCUAAAACGGGGUCGCUUUGUUGUGUGGCUUCAAGGCCACAUGAAUCAAAUGCUGGCAGUAGGGACUGGUCCAUGGGUCCAAAUGAGCCCUACUGGCGAACAAAUUCAAGUUUUUCGCCUCCUCCGACGAGGUGGGAUUUCAGAUUUCAGUCUGAAGGUCUGUCAUAUGGUGUGAAUGAUGGUGUUCAACUCUAUGGGUCUUCUACAUCGGAAAACGAUAAAGAAAGUAGGGGUUGGGUCAGAGGCAACCACCUAUAUGAUCUUCACUAUUCUGCUUCAGAUGGUACUGGGAUUUUCCUUAGCAGUCCAUCUGACCUUUCUCAGGGUCCUCAGUGGACGCCUCCUGCAAUACAAGAAAUCAGUAUUGACAAUUAUGAAACUUCGACUAGGAAAGAUUCUCAUCCCUCUGUGGGCCGGGUAUCUUUUACUCCCAAUAAGGAGGGAACAUCUGUGAAUCACUACUGUGGGGGUUCAACUUCAUCUCAAUCGGAAAGUAGUGAAUCAGAGUCUACUACAAAAUCACAUUUAUCCUCUGAGAGGAAUUUCGCUAAUCUUCGUUCAUUCAUGUCUAAGCCUAUUCACCCUAUGUCCUUUAAUGACCUAACAACUACUAGGGAUGCCUUUGAUCCUGCAGUUACAGAUUUUACAGAGUUUGAUACUUCCACUCCACUCAGAGAUGGCCAGCGUUGGAGUAGUGCCAGCAGUAGUCAGGAGUUUGCUGACGUUACCGAGUCAUUUGAAUUAGAAACACCUGGUCGCUCACAUUUUCUGUCAGAUGGAUUUAAAUGUGGCUUGUGUGAAAGAUUUCUCUCACAGCGAUCACCUUGGAGCUCCCGUCGUAUUGUGAGAAGUGGAGACAUGCCUACAAUUGGGGUUCUUCCUUGUUGUCAUGCUUUUCAUGCUGAGUGUUUGGAGCAAGCGACGCCAAAGACCCGGAAAAGUGAUCCUCCUUGCCCUGUGUGUGUCAAAUUGGAGGAAAAUUCCCCUGAUCAACGGAGCCAUUUGAGAUUGAGGACUGGUUUUCCAAGGCUUAAAUCAUCUCGUGACGAUGGACCGUCAAGACCUUGGGGAUGUGUACAGGUAGGUGAUUGUGUUGAAGGGGCUCUGCAUGCACCACCAGGCAACACAAUGUUGCUGCUUAAUCGAAACCGCAUUAAGAACCCUUCUUUGAAAGGAAUUUCCAGGUAAAGUGAGGAAAAAUGGGAUAUUUUCUUCACAUCUGUUUAGUGGAAGCUCAGCUGAUGGGGAAGCAGUUAGUUGCUCUAAGGCAACUGCAGGUCCAAGUGUGUGGAGGUAAUAGCCAAUGUUGGUAAGUUCUAAGUUGUAACUUACACCUAGAGAUGUGCAGAAGCUGACUCUCCCACUUUGUUGAGCAAAAUUUUAUGACACUGAUUCGUAACUUGUUCCAGAUUUUGUAUAGAUUGAUUUGUUGUAUGUGUUUCGGAACUCACGCUUGGAACUUGUUCUUAUUUUGCUUGAUUUAUGCAUUUGAAAUUUUAUCCUUA